AUGGCUAAUCUUCUAGAAUCCCUAUUACUACUCCUUACAUUCAUCCAAACUCUAUGCCUCGCCCACUCCCCAAAUCUUCGCGAAAUCCACAGAUUCCCCAACGGAACCUGGGUCGAGAACAUCGCAGUCCGACCUAACGGCAACCUCCUCGUCGCGGUGCUAAGCACAGCAGAGCUAUGGGAAAUUGACCCGUCCAUCCCAUCAGAUCCCAGCUCAGCCCAUCUGGUCCAUCACUUCGACGGCGCCGAAGAUGCAGAUGGCAUUACGGAGCUUUCACCAGAUAUCUAUGCAGUCAUUGCAUCCAAUUCAGUUUGGACAAUCGAUCUCAGAAAUCACGGACCUGCCAAAUCAACCCUUAUCGCGAAACUCCCCGCUAGCUAUUUGAAUGGCAUCGCCGCUCUAGAUGAAGGAAAUGCAGUCGCCAUCACCGACUCCGAACUCGGCGUUAUAUGGUAUCUCGAUAUCCGCACUGGUAGCUACAGCGUGAUCCACCAACAUGAGACAAUGGCCGCAAAUAAUGAUAUGGGGUUAUUGCUUGGGGUCAACGGGUUGAAGAUUGUAAACGACUAUAUGUACUACACCAACAGCCCGAAGCGGAUUUUCUGUCGUGUCAGAAUUGAUACACAUACCGGUCGUGCCUUGGGGGCUUACGAGGUUAUCAGCAAUGAUACACGGGCUGAUGACUUUGCUAUCGGUCCGCAUGGAGUUGCAUAUUUGGCGGGUCUUAUUGAUGAUGUGGUUAUCAGGGUCUUUCCUAAUGGACAUCAUAAGGUUAUUGCGGGCUCGAAGGGCUCGACCGAUUUGAUGACUGCUACGUCGGCGGCUUUUGGGAGGACACAGAGAGAUAGCAAUGUUCUUUAUAUCACUACUGGAGGGGAGACCAAGCUUCCUGUUCAUGGCACGAGUACCAGGGGUGGGAAGAUUAUGGCGCUUUCUGUGGAGUUUUAG